CUCGGAUCUCACUCCACGGGCAAGCUUCUGGAAUGACACCUUCUGGCCGCUCGAGUAGCCGACGUAUAUAUAACUGGAGUCGUCGACCAGUUUUUUUACCUGUCAGUCGUUGAAGAUGUCUUCUCCAGCACCUUCGGAUUCUGGCAUCGAUGUCAAUGAGCGUACUCCUCUUCUCGACCCAGGACAGCAAGGCCAGAAGAAGCCCACUCCCUUGCCAAAGCUUCAGAUCUCGAUUUUGUUGCUGGCACUGCUGGUCGAGCCAAUUGCGUCUCAAUCUAUCUAUCCCUACAUCAACCAGCUUGUCAGUGAGUUGGACAUCACUGGCGGCGAUGAGCGGAAAGUCGGAUAUUACGCGGGGCUGAUCUCCCUCUUUUUUGCCACUCAGGCACUGACCAUCUUCCAAUGGAGCCGUACAUCGGAUCGUAUUGGACGUAAACCUGUUCUCUUGAUAGGAAUAUUCGGGCUCUCCCUGUCAAUGCUUUGUUUUGGGUUGUCCAAAACAUUGUUGGGGCUCAUUCUCAGUCGUUGCGUCACUGGCGCCUUGAAUGGCAACAUUGGAGUCAUGAAGAGCAUGAUGGGUGAACUCACUGACUCCACCAACAUGGCACAAGGCUUCGCCCUGAUGCCUAUUGGGUGGUCCUUGGGUGCUACUAUUGGUCCUAUGAUCGGUGGAACUCUAGAACAUCCACAACAUCAUUUUCCUAAUCUAUUCAGCGGCGCAUUUUGGUCGCGGUUCCCAUAUUUCCUGCCUAGUGCUGUUGCUGCGGCAUUUGCAGUGACAAGUUUCCUAACGAUCCUCUUCUUCUUAAAAGAAACACUGCCUAGACAACAACCGCAAGAGAAAUCCACGUCUGUUCUCAACGUCGAAGCCCCCAACGUUUCCGAUAAUGCUGUUGAGGACUCACCUGUGACCAUCCGUUCGCUCUUCGUGCCAUCCAUACUGAUCCCUAUCGCCAACUAUGGCUGCAUCGCUACUCUAGAAAUCGCCAUGUAUGCACUUCAGCCUCUCUUUUAUUCCACCCCAAUCGAACUGGGUGGCCUUGGAUUUGAUCCUGUUACUAUCGGUCUUUGGAUGGGGGCUUACGGCAUUGCCAACGGUGUCUUGCAGACAAUGAUUUUUGCACCGCUGGUAAACAAAUUCGGUCCCAAGGUCGUUUUUCAGUUUUGCGAAGCGUGUUUUAUUCCUAUCUUUGCUCUCUUCCCCAUCACCAACAUCAUUGCACGCCAGUAUGGAAUCAACUGGCUUGUCUGGUUUUCCCUCACGUGUUCGCUGAUACUGGGUAUUUUCAUGGAUAUGACGUUCGGUUGUAUACUGAUGUUCAUUACCGCCGCAGCUCCAAACAAGCGAUCCUUGGGAGCCACGAAUGGUCUUGCGCAAAUGACAGCAUCUAUGGUUCGAGCUGUUGGCCCUGCCAUGUCCACCUCAAUGUUUGCAUAUUCUGUUCAGCAUAAACUCAUGGGCGGUUACGCCGUCUAUGCCGUCCUCGUGACCGUGAGUUUGUUUGCUGUGAGGUUUGCUGCCAAACUCCCGGGAAACGCUGAAAAGAAGGCAUGAUCUUCGGCACCGUAUAGUACUUAAUUCAUGUCACGCUAUGAUUUCAAGGUUUGCUUUGGUCUCCUGACCACAAAAUCGAGUUUUAGAUAACGAAGCAACUUACUUACGACACUUUAUUCCAUCACAUGUACCCCAAAAGCAAUGCGUUCUUGUCUGUACUUAGAUAGCUCAUGCACUGAUCCGCGG